ACAUAAACCGACGAAGAAGGAGAACGUGAAGAAGAACGUAGUGUCCUUAGUAAUAUUCAGUAGAGAUAAUAAUAAUAAUGUGAUUAUGGCGUCUGCACUGUUUAGACAUUACCGUCAUAUUAACAGCAGGACAUUUCCCUUCAUGUCACAGAUCUCAGGAGUCCGAUCUAAAAGUACGAUCCAGUACGCCACACGCCCCGACCUGCCCAAACUGGCCUACAGGAAGCUGAAGGGGAAAAACCCCGGGGUCGUUUUCCUCCCUGGCUUUGCCUCUAACAUGAACGGUCAGAAAGCUGAAGCUCUGGAGGAGUUCUGCAAAUCUCUGGGUCACUCCUACCUCAGUUUUGAUUAUUCAGGCUGUGGAGCGUCAGAGGGGAAAUUCACAGACUACAACCUGGGCGUGUGGAAGAAGGACGUCCUGUACGUGUUGGACGAGUUGUCUGAGGGACCGCAGAUAUUGGUGGGCAGCAGUAUGGGCGGCUGGCUGAUGCUGCUGGCAGCUCUGGCGAGACCGGAGAAGGUCGCCGCCCUGGUGGGUAUUUCCACAGCCGCAGAUCAUUUCGUCACCGCCUACAACGAGCUUCCCAUUCAGACGAGGAAGGAGAUCGAGGAGCGCGGGUCCUGGUCGUUCCCCAGCCGCUACAGCGACGAGGGCUCGUACACUCUGAGCGUGGACUUCCUGCGGGAGGCGCAGUCUCACUGUGUGCUACAGGGUCCCAUCCCCGUGUCCUGCCCCGUCCGGCUCAUACACUGCCUUCAGGACGCAGACGUUCCCUGGCACGUGUCCAUGCAGGUAGCCGAGCGCGUCCUCAGCAGCGACGUCGACGUCAUCCUGCGUAAACACGGCUGCCAUCGUAUGUCCCAGAGGAACGACAUCAAACUCAUUGUCUACACCAUUGAUGACCUCAUCGAUAAGCUCACCACAGUGGGGUGAAUCACAUGGGGGGGCGGAGCUUCCGCUACACAACAAAGGACAUUUGAUCCAAUCAGGGUUCAGGGCUUGAUUUGUGGGAAUGUGAUGCGUCCUGUUCACACUUUAAUACUUAAUUUCAGCUUGUAGGUGAUUUAGAUAUUUUAUUUUUAAAAUUAUUCAGUAUUACGUGUUGCUUUUUGAGCAGAAAUGUUUGAUUUCUGAAAGGUCAAAGUGUAUAUUCUAAAAUUGUGCAAUAAAAUAUUUUUCACUACAA